AUGGAGAAUUAUCCAACAAUAUUUCAAGCUUCAUCUUCAACCCCAGCUGCUUCUCAUUUGUCUAUGUUAAACAUGGCGAAUUCUCAUGCAGGAGCUGAAUUUCAAGAUCAAAAGUUAAAUCAGUACUUGGGGCUGAUGCCACCUCGUACUGAAACUCCUAUUUCGUUCAUGAACAAUAAUAUUGUUGCUCAGAGGAAUAACCUCGGAGAUGCCGGAACUGCAGAGGUUAAAUCGGACAAGAAAUAUAAGGUCGAGAAGAAACCUCGAAAACCUAAAUUUGCUUUUCAGACAAGAAGUCAGGUUGAUAUACUCGAUGAUGGGUACAGAUGGAGGAAAUAUGGUCAGAAAGCUGUGAAAAACAACAGAUUUCCAAGAAGCUAUUAUCGUUGCACGCAUCAAGGGUGCAACGUCAAGAAGCAAGUUCAAAGGCUAUCUAAAGACGAAGAAAUAGUAGUCACAACAUAUGAAGGACAGCACUCCCAUCCAAUGCAAAAAUCCAUGGAAAACUUCGAGCAUAUUCUCAGUCAAAUGCAAAUUUAUAAUUCCUGUUAA